AUGUCUGCGACGGUGCAAGACCUCUCCCCCGAGGCGAUCCCAGUCGUCAACACGGUCCCUCCCCGCGCCGAAUCCGUCAAGAGAAAGAACAAGCCGACCAUCCUUCAGUCUUUCAGGAGUUUCAUCUGGGAUAGCGACACGCACCUCAAGUCGCCCCAGGAGAGGCGUCUAUUGUUCAAACUCGACUGCUGCAUUUUGCCUUGUCUGUGUCUCGGUUUUUUCUGCAAGUAUCUCGAUCAAACCAAUCUCAACAAUGCCUAUGUUUCUGGUCUGCAAGAAACUCUCGGAUGGUACGGUAACCAGUAUACAUACGCUACAUCACUCUACACUGUCGGAUACGCUAUCAUGCAGGUUCCAUCUACCCUGAUUGUCCAACGCGUCCGCCCGUCUCUCUGGCUCGCCUUCUGUGAGAUAGUUUGGGCCGUCCUCACCUUCUGUCAAUGUGCCGUCAAGAACACCAGUUCCGUGUACGCCCUCCGAUUUCUAGUAGCUCUCUUCGAAUCGGCCUUCUUCCCCGUCGGUCUAUACCUCCUCGGGUCCUGGUAUACUCCCACCGAGCUUGCCAAGAGAGCUGCCAUCUUCCACUUUACAUCAGCGGCGGGCUCGGCCUUUUCGGGGUAUAUGCAAGCGGCCGUUUACGCCACGCUGGAUGGACGAUACGGCUUGCAAGGCUGGCAAUGGCUCUACAUCGUAUGCGGCAUCAUCACAGCCCCUUGUGGCUUCCUCGUCCUUUUUCUCCUCCCCGACUACCCGAGCGGGGGACAAAAACGCUGGUACCUCACCGAUGCCGAAUUCGAGCUUGCUCAAGAAAGAAUGAGGAAGCUUCACCGAUCACCCCCUGGCAAUCUCGAUAGGGGCGUCAUCAAAAGGAUCUUGCAGCGAUGGCACAUCUACAUCAUCCCUUUGACUUAUACAAUGUACGGUCUUGGUUGCGCAUCUGGAAGCUAUACCUCCAUCUGGCUUAAGUCUACCGGUGAUUACUCCGUCGCUCAAAUCAACACCAUUCCUACUAUCAGCAACGUCAUCGCCGCCGUGACCGUUCUUCUAUGGGGUUUCCUUUCCGACUACUUUGGCUCUCGCUACUACCUCAUCGCCCUUCCCACCCUCCUCGCCCUCUUCCCCAACAUUGUCCUCACCAUCUGGCCGUCCUCCAACCCCCUCAAACUUGCCGCCUUCCUCAUCACUGGCGCCCAAUACGUCACCGCUAUCUACUACGCCUGGUUCCAAGAAAUCUGCUCUUCCGACCCCCUUGAGCGUGCUAUCGUCAUAUCUCUCUCCAAUGGACUGCAGUAUGCCUUCAGCGCAUGGGUCUCCAUCUUGAUCUUCCCCCAGGUGGAUCGACCGAACUUUAGGAAAGGUUUCCCGACAACGUUGGCUUUCGUCAUCAUGGGUCUCGUCCUCGCCACCAUCGUCAACCUCCUCCACCGACGAGACAUCCGCCGAGGCGUGUACGACCAUACUGUCGAGAGAAAGGAAGAAGAGUCUAUCGGAGGUAACGUUAGUACGGGUCAGGGAGAGCAAGGCGCAGUGGCAGGGGAGGAUUACAAAGAGGAUGUGAAAAGUGAAGCUGUCUUGCAGGGGGGGCAGACGACUACGAAUGUGCUCUCUCGUUGA